AUCAAGCUUGAACAUGAGAUACUGCUUCAUCCGAAGUAUUUUGGCCCCAACCUGACGGAGACUGUGAAAGCUAAGUUGUUCUCCGAUGUGGAGGGAACCUGCUCCGGGAAAUAUGGAUUUAUCAUCGCGGUGACUAACAUUGAGCAUAUCGGUGCGGGCAUUAUUCAACCCAAUCGCGGUUUUGUACAAUAUCAUAUUGUGUAUCGGGCAAUCGUUUUUCGACCUUUCAAGGGUGAGGUUGUUGACGCGGUUGUGGCGCAGGUCAAUAAGGUUGGAGUAUUUGCCGAAGCAGGGCCACUCACCAUUUUUAUUUCCAAAUACUCCAUCCCUCCCAAUUUAAAAUUUGAAGGCGCUGAAGCAGUCUCUGAUGGUAUCGAUGAUGACGAGGAAGAAGUGAGUUGCGCAUUG